AUGUCUGAUAACGAAACUAAUGAGAAUGAAUUCUCUUCAAAUGAUUGUAAUAAUGGAAUAUGUCAAUGUGGUCUAUUUGAACUUCUUCCACCUGAGAUCUGGUUGAAUUUAUUUGGUUAUAUGUCAGCAGAAUUUAUAGCUGAAAAACUUAGUCUUGUUUGUAAACCACUUCGCAGAUUUAUUGUUUCAUCUCAAUCCUAUUGGAAAUAUCGAUAUGAACAACGUGUUCGAGCACCUUAUCGAGCAGUAGCAACUACAAAUCGUACAUGGCUUAAUGUGUGUGAUAAACUUGAACGUAUGGGACAUGAAUGGCAACAAUGUGCUGAACAACAUCAAAAUAUUCUAUCAAUAUCAGGUGUUCAUAUUGGUCCAAUAAUAAAUACACUUCUUCUUGAAGAUGGUUAUACAUGUAUAACUGGUAGUCGUGAUUCAUCAAUAUGUUGUCUAGAUUUAAGACAAUUAGUUCGACCAGAAGAAACCAAAGUAACGAAUAUAUAUGAUUCACCAUAUGUAUCUAAACGUGCUCAUGAUCAACAACAACGUUGGAUUUGGUCACUUGAUCAUGAAGCAAACAUUAUAUCAAGUACAUCAUCAAAUUCUGAAAUUCGUCUUUGGGAUUUAAAUGAAGACAUGUGUGAAAUAUCACGAAUAAAGUUACAAGCAACAUUUGCAAUGACACAUCGACUUCGAGAUUCCUUACUUUAUGCUGGUAUCUAUAAUGGUCAUAUACAUGUUUACGAUACACGAAUAAAUAAUACAGAUAAUAAUAAUUCUCGUGUACAUAUUGAACGUGUAACACCGCGAGGUUAUAUUCAUGCAUUGGAAUUACAAGAUGAUUAUGUUCUAGUUAUGCAUAAACCAAGUACAUUAUGUAUAUAUGAUCGAAGAACAUGGAAAAAAAUUGAGAAUGUUCAAUUAAAUCUUGGUGAACGUGUUUCAUCGUAUUACAAAGAUUCACUUUUAUUUCUGGGUACGAAUGAAGGAUUUGUACAUGUAUUUAGUUGGAAAAAAGAUCAUUGUGAAUUUAUUGAAAAAAUUCGAACUGAACAUGGAUGUCAAAUAACAGCUUUACAUCAUAGUCAAGGUAUUCUUCAAACAUGUACUGCAACGACAAAAACUUUAGCUAUUGAUCAAUUAUCAACUCCUACAAUAAAUCUCGCUCGAAUUGUAGCUGAUACACAUGAUCAACAUCUUUGUAUGGCUGCAAAUGAUUAUGGUUUAACAGUUAUUGGUGGAAGUGAUAAUAAUUUAAUUACUGUUUAUCGUGAUGAAUUUCGACGUUGGCAUGCAUUAUAA